AUGCCUCCUCCUCUUAAAUCAGUCAAGACUAAGGGAUCUCUCGCAACAGAAGGGAUUUUCCGGAGAUCAGCAAACACACAGGUUGUCAAAGAGGUCCAGCAAAAAUACAACACGGGUGUGCCGGUAGAUUUCCAGCAGUAUGAAGAUGUCCAUCUCCCUGCUGUGAUUCUCAAGACCUUCUUGAGAGAGCUGCCUGAGCCCCUCCUCACUUUUGGCCUCUACAGCCAUGUUGUCAGCUUCCAGAGUGUGGAAGAAGUGAAUCGUGUGGAUGUCGUUCGCAAAACACUCCAAAAUCUGCCAGAAGAAAACUACCAUGUGCUCCGUUUCCUGACAGCCUUUCUGGUGCAGGUAUCUGCUCACAGUGACAGAAACAAGAUGACAAACACCAACCUGGCAGUUGUGUUUGGCCCAAAUCUGCUGUGGGCCAAGGAUGUAGCCAUCACCCUAAAAGCCAUCAAUCCGAUCAAUACCUUUACCAAGUUCCUGCUGGAUCACCAGAAGGAGCUCUUUGAGGAUGUGGAGGCCUGAUUCCCGGCCAGCCCACACCAGCACACUGUGCCCACCUUCCCACCUUUCCCACCUUGUCUUGGGGCUGUGACCAAGCUGUCUCCAGUACAAAGGGACUGUUAUCUCCUGGGUGAUGAGCAGAAUGAGGGCUGUGGAGAUGGUGGUGAAAGUGUAAGCAAGCUGGAGACCUGCUGCUCCAGAUGGGGAUGGGAGCUGGUCUCCCAGCUACUGUGUGGAGUACUGCCCCACCUGCCAGUCUGUGCAGCUUCUCCAGGGCUCAUCACCAGCCUAUUGCCCUAUAAGAUGACCAGCCAUUCUUUCCUCCUUUCCUCACAUAUGGUUUUUCUGCCUCCUGUCCCUUCCCUUCCUCAGCAAAGAUCUCUUUUUUUGUUUGUUUAAACUCCCAACAACCCCAUCUCACUCCCCUUGUUUCAGCUGGGCUAUCAGGGCUCGGGCAAGACUUGCUUGGUAUGUGGCAGAGAUGUUCUUUCUAUAGGUGCCAUUUUUCUGCACUGAACGUGCAUUCUGCCUUUCCCCAGGUGCAUCUGAAACACUGAAUGGAGCAAGCAGCCCUUGUGCUUCAGGUACUUGUCCUGCACUUGCAAACACCACUUUAGCCACAAGUUUUUGGCAGGCAAGCGAAGGAUAGGUUCCACAGCACAUGGGCUGUAUAGACCUGCCAGACAGCAACACACAGAAGCUCAAUUUAGCUCAAGCCCCUCUGGGGUCACCCAAACUUCAGCUAUUCUUCAGCUUUUCCUGGGGUGAGGUUCCUCCUGUAGUUAUCCAGCUCAGGUGUUUCUGUCCCUUCAGCAGUAUUUCCAGCCUGGUUUGGAAGGUGCAUGUCAGACCUGGCUGUGCAUGGGUUCUGGCUGGGGUCCUUUCACAGAUGGGAGUCUGAAUUGCAAGGAGAAAGUGCCCUCGUGGCACAGGACUGCUGAAACUAUGAAGGUCGCUGCCUUUUCCUCUGACAGCAACACAGCCUCUUCUACUCCUUCAGGCACGUUCAUCUGUGCUGACAGACACAGACUGCCUUGGUUGUUUCUUCUCUUCAGUUUGAGCAGAACUUUCUCUAGCACAAUGUAACAGUGAGUGUGGCCUUAGGGGAAGGUCUAGGGACUGGGGCUAACCCUCACUCUGGAGUGUACCAGGCCUGGUUUACAAGUUUCUGGCCAGGUGCUGAGCACUCAUGUGCCAAAGCUGUGAGGGAACAGCUAUUCCUUGCAGGGGGGCAUCGUCUUCUCUCUUCCUCAGUUCCUUUGCCUUCCAUCCUCUCAUAGAAGCCUCAUCCGGUGUAUCCUGUAUGCUCUGGGCAUGCCUGGAGAAAUAGGAUUGUCUGCAAGGCAGGCUUAGGGCUGGAUGUGCCUGCUGCCUUCCCAAAGCAGUGCCUCACUGUUGGUUUGAGGUAGUAGUGUGCAGGUCACCUAGAGCUAGAAGAGAUCCCUCUCCUUAGCCUGGGCCUGAUGGGGUGUUCGUGAGGAGUUCUAGCCUUACUUUUCUGGUGUGUUAUACCUUUAUCUCUUGUGUCCUGCAUGCCUUGGCCAGUCCUACUUCGUGCUGUAUUUGGCAGCAGGGACAAAUGUUUUGGACCAAACAGAACUCACUUUAUUAAAAGCUACUGGAUGCUAAAUAGAAUUUACUUUUUUGUAGCAUUUUAGCCUGAUCAGAAGUUGUUGCCCCAGUUGUAAUCAAAAUAAGUGACAUCUGCUGCAGGGAUGAUGGAAGUUGCUAUUCCUGCUACACUGUGGAACAGGGAUGGGUGUUAACACAGGAAGCCUGGCAGAGCAGUGCAGGUCUAGCAACUGGCUUGGAGGAGGCACGCCAGCUUGUGGGUGGAAACAGUGAGCAAGAAACUGAGCAUUGC